AUGGGGGUGGGUGGGCAGCUGCCCCUGCGGGCGGGCGAGCGGGGGGCCCUGCUGCUGCGCUCCAGCGAGGUGCCCGCCAGCGUGACGGAGAGCUUCAUCCUGAGCGGCUACCGGUGCCCGGGCUACUCCUUCGGCCAGUGCCUGGUCUCGGCCUUCCAGCCCACCAACGAGACGGGCAACUUCUGGACCCACUUCCUGGCCGUCUUCGUCUUCGCUUUCCACUUCCUGGAGCAGUUCUGGAGUGACGGCUGGGGGUCCCGGGAGCUGCUGGACCCCUUCUACUACCCGCUCUGGAGCUACUUCCUGGGGGUCUGCGUCCUCCUGGUCGCCAGCAGCGUGGCCCACCUCUUCAACUCCAUGUCCCUGGCCAUCCGGGAGAUCUGCUUCUACGUGGACUACGGGACCAUCAGCGCCUACACGGUGGGCUCCUCCUUGGCCUACUUCUACUACAUCCACCCGCCAGGAGCUCCGGCGCUGGCCCCCGGGGCCACCAACCUCUCUUCUGGCCCAUGGGAGGGCGGGGAGGGCAUCGGCUGGCUGGCUGCAUGGGUGGGUCAGACGGGGGCCUGCUUUGAGGCCUUGUACGUGCCCGCCGCGUGCUUCAUCGCCCUCUUCUGCACCUUGGCCUGCUGCAUCACCCGCCACCGGUGGCCACGCCACCGCUACCUGAUCCGCACGCUGGUCUUCUUGCUGCCGUUUCUGGUGGUUUCCAUCCCUGUCUUCCGCAAGCUGUGGUGGGCCGGCCACGGAGGCCACGGGACCGGCCACUUCUUCAUGCGCCACUGCUUCUGGCUGCUGGCCUCGGGGAUCUUCAAUGUCAGCAAGAUCCCCGAGCGCUUCAGCCCCGGGAAAUUUGACAUCUGGGGCCACAGCCACCAGUGGUUCCACUGCUGCACCUUCAUGAGCAUCCUGGAGGAACUCCACAUGAUCCGGGGGGAGAUCCGGGCGCUGGGCACGGGGCCCACCCCCCCGCCGCUGCCGCUGCUGCUGCCCAGAGCGCCCACCUUCCUCGCCACCUUCGGCGUGAUGCUGCUCUUGUUCCUGCUUCUGGCUGCUGUGGUGGGCUGGUUUGGAGUGGGGGCCUACGCCCACCAGAAGGACAGCGAGCGGAGGAAGGGGGACUGA